GCCCCGCCCCCCGCCCUUUGACCCGCGCCGUUUCCGGUUGGAGACGUGGCUUGGGGCCGCCAUCUUGGCAAGAGGCGAAGCGGCGGAGGCUCCUGUCAGGGGCAGCAGGUCCGGAGCGGCCAGAGCUCCGCUUCUCUGGGCGGCAGCCCGAGCCCCUGCAGAGCCAGAGCGCGGCGCGCCUCACCUGCGGCCUCACCAUGGUGCUGUUGGCAGCAGCAGUCUGCACGAAAGCGGGAAAGGCUAUUGUUUCUCGACAGUUUGUGGAGAUGACCCGAACUCGGAUUGAAGGCUUAUUAGCAGCUUUCCCAAAACUCAUGAACACUGGAAAACAACAUACUUUUGUUGAAACAGAGAGUGUAAGAUAUGUCUACCAACCUAUGGAGAAACUGUACAUGGUAUUGAUCACUACAAAGAACAGCAAUAUCUUAGAAGAUUUGGAGACUUUAAGGCUUUUCUCAAGAGUGAUCCCUGAAUAUUGCCGAGCCUUAGAGGAAAAUGAAAUAUCUGAGCACUGUUUUGAUUUGAUUUUUGCUUUUGAUGAAAUUGUUGCCCUGGGAUACCGGGAGAAUGUUAACCUGGCACAGAUCAGAACCUUCACAGAAAUGGACUCCCAUGAAGAGAAAGUAUUCAGAGCAGUCCGAGAGACUCAAGAACGUGAAGCUAAGGCUGAGAUGCGGCGUAAAGCAAAGGAAUUACAACAGGCCCGAAGAGAUGCAGAGAGACAGGGAAAAAAAGCACCAGGAUUUGGGGGAUUUGGUAGUUCUGCAGUGUCUGGAGGCAGCACAGCAGCCAUGAUCACAGAGACUAUCAUUGAAACGGAUAAACCAAAAGUGGCGCCUGCACCUGCCAGACCUUCAGGCCCCAGCAAGGCUUUGAAACUUGGAGCUAAAGGAAAGGAAGUAGAUAACUUUGUGGACAAAUUGAAAUCUGAAGGUGAAACUAUUAUGUCUUCUAAUAUGGGGAAACGUAGCUCGGAAGCAACCAAAGUACACGUUCCACCUGUUAAUAUGGAAAGUGUGCACAUGAAGAUUGAAGAAAAGAUCACACUAACCUGUGGCAGAGAUGGAGGAUUACAGAAUAUGGAGCUGCAUGGCAUGAUCAUGCUUAGGAUCUCAGAUGACAAAUUUGGCCGGAUUCGUCUUCAUGUAGAAAAUGAAGAUAAGAAAGGGGUACAGCUACAGACCCAUCCAAAUGUGGAUAAAAAACUUUUUACUGCAGAGUCUCUCAUUGGCUUGAAAAACCCAGAGAAGUCAUUUCCAGUCAACAGUGAUGUAGGGGUACUAAAGUGGAGACUACAAACAACAGAGGAAUCCUUUAUUCCUUUGACAAUUAAUUGCUGGCCUUCUGAAAGUGGAACCGGCUGUGAUGUCAACAUAGAAUAUGAACUACAGGAAGAUAGUUUAGAGCUCAGUGACGUGGUCAUCACCAUCCCACUCCCAUCGGGUGUUGGUGCGCCUGUGAUCGGUGAGAUUGAUGGAGAAUAUCGACACGACAGUCGGAGGAAUACGUUGGAGUGGUGCCUGCCAGUGAUUGAUGCCAAAAAUAAGAGUGGCAGCCUGGAGUUCAGCAUUCCUGGGCAGCCCAAUGACUUCUUCCCUGUUCAAGUUUCUUUCAUCUCCAAAAAGAAUUACUGCAACAUACAGGUUACCAAAGUGACCCAGGUAGAUGGAAACAGCCCUGUCAGGUUUUCCACGGAGACCACUUUCUUAGUGGACAAAUACGAAAUCCUGUAAUACCAAGAAGGGAAAGCUGAAAAGGAAGGAUUUCAGAUUAAUAAAGAAGAAGCCAAAAGUGGCUGAAGAGUUUUUCCAAAUUUACAAGCCAUUGGAGAUCCCCCUCCCCAUCCCCUUUUUCUGAUACAGUGCACGUUCUCUGCGCGCAAGGACCCUCAACUCACGCCCAGCGUUGCGGUGUCACAGAGACAUUUUUGACAAAGAAAUGACACUGACAUAAAGGGAAAGGCUGCUGAUUUCUUUGGCUAGCAGGAAGCCAGCUCUCCAGGGAAUGCCCCAGUAAAUACUCUUCUGCCUUCACCUAAGUCUCCCUGUAUUUUAAGCCCUAAAUAUAGGUAUAUUUCAUACUUUGUUUUUAAAAGUUUUCUCUCUAGAUUUGAGCCUUUCACACUCCUUUGCUUUCUGUUGUCUUUCAGUGCACUUAGUCACACACUGGGGUCAUCUGUGUGUAGGUACUGCGUUCAGCACUCUGGGAACAAGGUUAUCUAACUCAUUCUUGACGUUAGACAGUACCAGUGAACUGCUUAAGGGAUGUAGAGUCUAAAAGUUGAAAUACAAGGUUGUCUUGUUUUCUCACCUCUGUCCACCCAUUGCUCCAUUUCUUUAUGAAGUUGUUCCCUUGUGAGCCCUGCCCUUCCAGUUGCAGGCAGUACUGUGAAUCCCAUUUAUAUCAAUAUUAAAGGUAGCUAGCUGAGGAGCAGCUUUUAUAUGUACACACCUUUUCAAGAUGCCUAAUAAGAUGGCUACGUUCGUUUCCACAUGAAAUCAUGUCUGCUGCUAAUGCUACCCUAACUUACAGUUCUCUACAUGCUAUGGGACACCGGAGUUGAAGCAUUGUAGUCCACUUAGGUUCCAUGCAACCACCUCCUCUCCUUCCCAAAUGCUCUUCCUUCAUCAGUUUUUUUUUU